GACGGUGAUGGGAACUGAUGUCCCAGCCCCGCGGCCUUAUCCCCCAACCCCGGGCUUCCUUUUCUGCCCGUUUUAUCAUAUGGCUCCGACGCUACUUCCGGCUACUCCUUUCGCCGCCCACCUUGCUACUCGAACCCUUCCGCCGCACACUGCUACCUCCUCCUUUCACCGUCGACAGUGCUCUAGUCUCUUCCACCUCCAUUCCUCCUAUGACGCAUCCGCUGAAACAGCAGCCUCCACUGCCCUCCAGUGCCCACAUUUCCAGUCGUGCUCCGGUUGUACCCAGGAGCGGAAUCUUGAUCUCCCACCGUUGCUCCAUGACGCUACGGAGUUCUUUAACAGACUUGGCAUCUCUAAUAUUACCUUUGAAAGUGGUAGCUUGUGGGAAUGGAGAUGUCGGGCAAAGCUUGCUGUUCGUGGAACAUCUGAGACUCCCUUGAUUGGGUUAUACCAAGAAGACACACAUAAUAUUAUUGAUAUCCCAAUGUGCAGAGCUCAUCAUCCAAAUAUUAAUGCUGCAGUUGACCUACUAAAAGAAGGCAUUUCUAAGUUAAAAGUUGAGCCAUACAAUGAAGACUCGGGUACUGGUGAGCUGCGAUAUGUACAGAUGGCUAUAACCACAUAUAACACAUCUCUCCCAGUUCAAGACCGAUAUCUAAAAGGUCAAGUACAAAUUUCACUUGUUUGGAACUCAAGAAACGAACAUUCAGGGAAUCAGGAAAAGUUGAAUUCACUUUCCAAUUUUUUAUGGAGACAGGGUGGAGCCAGAAGUAACAGUCAUCUAAUCCACUCCAUAUGGGUCAACUUUCAGACAUCAAUGAACAAUACAAUCUUUGGAAACCGAUGGAGACAUCUUUUGGGGGAACGGGAUUUCUGGGAACAUAUUGGAGGAGUCGAUAUAUGUUUGGAUCCAUCAAGCUUUGGCCAGGCAAAUACACAGGCUUUUCAGUCCUUGCUCAGGAAGUUGCAGAAACAUGUUCCCUAUGAAUCAUCUGUUGUUGAUUUGUAUGCUGGGUCUGGAAUCAUUGGAUUAUCACUAGCUGCUGCUAGGAGAUGCAGAUCUAUUAAAUGUGUUGAAAUCAACAAAGAGUCAAAAUUUUCAUUUGAGAAAUCAGUUAACCGUCUACCAAAAGCCAUAAAUGGGAAUAUUAGCUGGCAUAAUGCAGAUGCUUCAAUUGAACCACUUCACUGGCUUGAAGGGUCAGAUGUUGUCGUUGUUGAUCCUCCUAGGAAAGGGUUGCACCCAUCUGUAAUUGACGCAUUAAGGAAGAUUGCAUUGUCACAAUGCACAGUUAUGCAAGCAGUUGACAGUAGUUUAGACAUAAAGGUGAAAGAUGAGAAGAGGCCAUGGGUUCUGCGUGCCAGGGCAGCUUCAGUUAAUGUGGAAGGAAAAACAACUUUGGAUAAGACUAUAUCAUGGCCUAGUACUCUUGUCUAUAUAAGUUGUGGAUGGGAAAGUUUCAAGGAGAUAACAGAGUGCCUUGGGGUCUUCUCCAGUCAAUUUACUAGUCACAAUUUUUCAACAGGAUUGCAAGAACCUGCUGUCAUCUCAGAUGUGGUAUUUGGAAAAAGCUUAUGCUUUUAAUUUCUUUCCUGGUACACAGAGCAUGGAAGUGCUAGCCGUGUUCAAACACGGUCCGCGAACAAGGCAAAAGAAGGUUGUGUUCAAUCAGGGCAAAAGGAGAAAGAGGGAAACAAGGAAAAAAAAGACUCCAUGAUGAUUGAUGCCACACAUGCUGACAAUGAAAACUGCAAAAAAUAUUUUUUUUAAAAAAAUGUCUUUAUUGUCUUUUCUGCAACUUUGUAGUUUGACUAUUUGCAAUUUUCUGUAGUAAGUAAUAGGUGGGAGCCUGAAUCUUUGGAUCAGGGAUGGGCAUCAGUCAAAAUUCAGUCGCUUAAAGCAAGCUGGAGUUAGAUGACGAAUGAGCAAGUAUCAAGCUGUUGCUGAAAUUUAAAGACAGCCAGAUGAUCAAGUUAUGAUGCCUAGCUAUCCAUGAAAACUAGCCACCUUUCAAGAUGUCGACUAAUUUAGCAAAUCAUGAUCAAAAAGCAUGGGGCACAUUCCUAGCGUAACAACUAUUCAUGAUCUGUAUAUCAAAAACAGCCAUGUGUUCUGAGAAUGCUCAUUAGCAUGAGAUUCAAACAAUGUGAUGUUCUAUUGUAUUCCUAACA